AUUCUCUGUAAGCAACGUUGUGGAUCUGAUGAAGAACAUCUCUUCAGAUCUAUCUUCAUUUGUAUACCUGGUGGUUAAUCGGGGGAAAAGAUGAGCACCUUGUAUCAAAGUUUGAGAAAUCGAACAUGAACAACCACUGAGUUACUGAUGCUCAAACAAAAAGUACCCCAUCCCCGGUGUUCCCCUACUAAAAAAAAGAUGUGUACAUCACUUUGAGAGUUCCUUCUUAUCAAACACCUGCGUCCCUACUUGAAUAUCAGGCCAAUACAAAUGAUGGAUAUCUUUCAAAAAGUUGUUCUUCUAAUACUGGGUCAACUUCCUUUAUUGAUAGCAAGAAUCCCCCCGUUUUUUCCAUGUGACAAUAAUGAAAUUGCUACGGAGGUGUACUGUGCACACAGGCAACUCAAUGACAUCCCUUUUUUUACAUCAAUAAAUGUAACGUUUCUCGACCUAAGUCACACCAAGAUACGGAAAAUGGGACAACACAAAUUCUCUGGUAUACAAAACCUUAUCACUCUGAAAAUGAAGUGGAAUUGUGAUCCAAAAAACCUGAGGACUAAUAAUGCCUACUGUCGAGUCAGAAUAGAAAAGGAUGCCUUCAGGAGUCUGCACAACCUCACUUAUCUAUAUCUGGCAGGAAACAGCCUUACCAUGUUACCCUGGUUACCGGAAAGCAUUAAGGUCUUGGAUCUCGAGAGUAACUGCCUUUUCAACAUCAUCAUACCUUUUGGAACUCCACAUCUAGAGCAGCUCCUCCUCACAAAGAACUGUUAUUAUGAAAACCCUUGUUUCCAGUCAUUUUACAUCCAUGAGGAUGUUUACAAGGAGUUAUCACAUCUGAAAAAUCUAACACUGGGAUACAACAAUUUGACAUCAAUACCAGUAGGAUUGCCAGCUUCACUUAUGACACUGGACUUGAAAGAGAAUACAAUAACUGAGAUUCCAGAAGGGGCAUUUGCCAUGCUUCCCAACUUGGAGGAUUUAAAUCUGGGAUGGAAUUGUCAGCGUUGUGACCAUGCAGCCCACCUUUGUUUUCCCUGCCCUAACAACGCCUCCCUUCUGCUACACCCAAAUUCUUUUUAUGCGAUCAACAGCUCCGUUGUUUAUCUGACCUUGAGAGGAAACUCUUUGAACAAUUUUCCAGAGGGUCUUUUUCUCCCUUUGACAAAUUUGAAGUGGUUGGAUCUCUCCGACAACUACCUGGCCCACACCAUCCGUAAUGGUACCUUCUUUACAGAGCUUAAGCAGUUAACAUGGAUCAACCUCAUCUAUAACUUUCAACCUCUAGGGAAAUUUCAUGAUCUGAUCCUUUCACCACACCUGGGCAAUGUCUCAAAUCUAGAAACUCUCCUUCUCAGCGGAUACUUUUUCGGCACAAUGUCAGAACAAAGCAUUGUGGUUCUGUCCCGACUUAAACAACUUAAGAUACUGGAGAUGCGCAUGAAUUUCAUCAGCUAUUUCAAUAUGAGGACUCUGGGAAUGUUGCCUUCCCUCAGCAGAUUAGACCUCUCCCAGAAUAUAUUGAGUUAUCUCCCUUACAAUGUGUCACAUGGAUACUCUUUGGAAAAAGGCUCUCAAGAUUCAAUUGUUUUCAGAGAUUAUUCCGAUUUACCCAUGCUACCAGUAUCGGUGCACAUGUAUCAAACUGAGAGUGAAAGUGACAUGUGUAGAUCUAACAUGACAAUAUUUGAAAUGUGGCAUUUCAACCAGAAAUUCUGCCAAAAUAAGUUCACAAUUGAUCUUUCUCAAAAUAAUGUUAUUUUCCUUCAUGAAGAUGUUUUUGAUGGUAUGGAAAAUGUUGUGUGUUUAAACCUGUCUUACAAUUAUGCAAGCCAGGCUUUAAGGGGUAGACUUUUCAGUCGCUUGAAAAGCUUAGUUUACUUAGAUAUGUCAUACAAUAGAAUUGACCUAUAUUAUAGAGAUGCAUUCAGUGAGUUAAAUAAAACUCUGAAGGUACUGGACCUCAGUCACAAUGAGUAUCAUUUUCGUAUGAUGGGCAUGGGUCAUCGUAUUGAGUUUAUUCAGAGUCUCUCUAAUAUGGAAGUCUUAAAUCUUGCAAAUAAUGACAUUAGUGGGCGAAUAGAUCCGAGACUGAGCAGCAGCUCUGUGCAGUAUAUGUACUUCUCUGGGAAUCGCCUAGAUAUUAUGUGGGAGGAGGAGGGCCAGACCUACAUUAAUUUCUUCCAGGAUCUCAGGAAAUUAAUCUACUUGGACAUCUCUCAGAACCGGCUACAUUCGGUCGAACAACCGAUCCUCUGUAAUCUACCAGUGAGCCUACAGGCCCUCACCAUUAGCAAUAAUUACCUUCAUUAUUUUCCAUGGCUGAGCCUUACAUGUCUUGGCAAUCUUAGUCAUCUCUCUCUCAGUGGAAAUCAUCUUUCAUAUUUGCCUGAAAGUGUUACAGAGUUCCCACCAGAUUUUUCCCUCUUGGACCUCAGUAACAACUGGAUAAGCCAUCUUCCUGGUCAGUUCUUUAGCCGAGCCGAAUCUUUGCAGUGUCUCUAUCUCAAUACCAACCGUCUCGUAGUUUUGAACCUUCAGUCACUUCCACCCCUGCUGAAAAAUGGCACUUCUCAUCAGUUGCUUACUCUUCACCAUAACCACUUCAGCUGUGACUGUUACAAUUCCGGAUUGGAGGAAUUUCUACGGACCAGCACCACACGUAUUCCUAACUUGACUACUGAUGUCCGAUGUGAAUUCCCAGAGUCCCUGCAGGGAAAGAGUGUGCUGACAGUGGACCAAAGUAACUGUCAGAUCUAUGGUGGCUUGGUCUUCCUCUUAAGUACAAUCUUCACAUGUGCAUUUAUUGCUCUGCCACUGUUAAGACAUCUGUAUGGCUGGGAUGUGUGGUACUGCCUACAGAUCCUAUGGGCAGGAUGUAAGGGCUACCUGCAUCCUUCUGCCAGUUGCUCACCAAAACAAUAUGAUGCUUUCGUGGUGUUUGACACAAACAACCAGGCCGUGAGAGACUGGGUUUACAAUGAGUUGGUUAUCCGUUUGGAGAGCUCAGGCUACAGAAGAUUCUCUCUCUGUUUAGAGGAGAGGGACUGGAUUCCUGGGCUAUCCUGCAUUGAAAACCUCCACAAUGCUGUCCAUAGCAGCGGGAAGACAGUGUUUGUGCUGUCCAACGGCACAAGAAAUGACGCUGAUGAGGCAACGGUCAACGGUGUGAUACGGCAGACCUUUUUCAUGGUUCAGCAGAGGCUUCUUGAUGAGAAGGUGGAUGUAGCCGUUCUCAUACUGCUGGACAAGAUGUUUCCCAAGCUGAAGUACCUCCAACUAAGGACGAGGUUAUGCAGGAAGUCAGUGAUGUCCUGGCCUAGAAACCCACAGGCCCAACCCCUAUUCUGGAACCAAAUGAGGACAGCACUGUCAUCAGACAAUCUUAAAUUAUAUGACAACAACAUUAGUGAAAGUUUUAUAUAAUUUCCAUAAUCCUUUUUCUAAUAUGCAUAAUGUAAACUAUAAACAACGUACUGUGUCGUUUAAAGGGCUCAUGUCAUGCCAACAGGUGUGGGUGUGAUUAGCUGUACAAGCCAUUUGAAAAUCAUUCCUUCCCUGUGCCAUAGUAACAUCACAAGUGGGCGUGUCCACCUUGAUCUGUGCUGGAUAUAUCAGUCUACUGGCCUACCCAGUGGACUGUAGCAAACUCAUCGAUGCUUCAUAUAUCUAGGUGGACACGCCAACUUGUGAUGUCACUGGCACAGGGAAGGAAUGAUUUUCAAACGACUUGUACCAGUUUAUCACACCCACACCUGCAGGCAUUACAUGGCCCUUUAACAAACUAACAACUACUCUGAAAAUGUGCAUGUAUAGGUUGAUUCCCUUUUAAAUGUUGACCUCCUGUGUUCAAUAUAUUGUGUUGUUAAAUCUGUGAGAUAUUUAGUUUGAGUUUGUGUCCCUGCUCACGUUGAAAGGUGUAUUACAACAAUGUAAUGUGUACCUUUUUAAUGUAGUACACAGAAAUCCUUUUGGGCAAUCUACUGGCUAUGCUACCAGUAAGAUGUUUAAUUGAAACGUAUUUAUUGAAACUCAAUGUGACUUACAUUAAAUGGUGGAACAUUUCACGUA